UGCACUUCCGCAGCUUCACAAGCACGGCGACUCUAUCAUCUGCAUCUCCGCGCUCGCUGUAUUCACCGCCGCCGCCAUGGUCUUCAUCUUCGGCACCAACUUCGCCGAGUCGUACCUCGUGCGCACCUCCCUGCAAAAGUUCUACGGCAUUGGGCCCAAGGUCUGCCAGCAACUGAUGGCCAAAUUCCACAUCCACAACACGGCGCGCAUCGGAAACCUCAAAGACCGACAAAUAAAUUCACUGGCCGCCGAGCUGAGUACGAUGACGCUGGAGAAUGACUUGCGGCGGCAGUUGCAGGACAACAUCAAACGAUUACGAGAUAUGGGCGCGUACCGUGGGCGAAGACAUGCAAUGAGCUUGCCUGUGAGAGGGCAGAGGACGAGGAGUCAGAUCAUGACGGCACGCAAGCUGAACAGAGUCGAGCGGAGAGGGUAGAGGAAGAGCAGAUGAUAUUGAAAGCAUAGCGCCGGCGCAAUAGAGGGAUUCCAAAAGAAGUGAAAUAUGUACGAUGCAGGAUACCAGCGAUACCAUUGUACAGACAACGUGUACGAACAGGGAAAUGACUUGGCCGAAUGUCCUCCUAGA